AUGGAAGCCAAAAGCAAUCUCGCUCAGGAGUAUUUGCGAGACUUUGAUUUGCAUCAUUUGGACGUGGUGAAAGAGAAGCAAAUUCGGAUUCCGAUAGUGCAAAGACUACCAUCAAUUCAUACCAACAACGGUACAAUACUUAUACCCCCUCACGCGCCCUCGGCGGUGCACCAUCAAAUAUUAACACCUCCUAUUCAUAAUGGAGACGAACAUUUAUUCUCACACGAAGGCUCGAUACUCGGAGCCAUGCACCAGCACCACCACCAUCAUAGCCAUAGUCAUCAUCAUAGCAUGGCUCUUUAUCAAUCUCAGUCUUCGAAUUCCAGAGGGGAAAUGAUAGCUUUUCAUCCUGGCACACCGGGAACACCUCCGGAUACUCCACCGAGCAGUCGUUCGACGGAUAGUCCCUUGCAUUAUGGAAUCGAUUCACAGCAUCCCCAACCGCCGAAUAAUUUAAAUUGCUUGAGCAAACCUGAAAUGGACGAUAGCGCUUGGCUUUUUCAACGACAGCAGUUUCGUAAUUUUCCAACCGAUUGCAACCCAAAUUUGGCUUUUUGGUUGUUGUUGUUGUUGUUGUUGAAUAAACAUAUGCAAGCUAUUACAAAAUAUUGCCUGGAUGAUAAUGAUGAUUGUCAAAAAACAAAAUUCAGGUUUGAUUAA